CAAUGUGUCAGAGUGGACACAACUCGGGUUUGGAAUGGUAUAGGCUAUACAUCCAGUGUCCAUCGCACACUUCGCCCAGCCAACAGAUGAGAGACAUGGACAGAGACGGUGUUCAAUCCUUCAAGCACUAAAGAUUGUGUGCAGUCAUGGAGAAGAGGUUGGCUACAGAGUAAUUUCAAAAUGGCGGACGAACAGACAAGUCAAGAAUCGUCGGCUUCAGCUUCGGAGACACGGAUUUCCUGUUUCAGUAAGAGAUCCCAAGAUGAGGCAAAUGAGAGAGUAUUUUCAGCAAUCAACGAUGUUAUUGGUAAAAAUGCCAUAUGGUCGGAGGAACAGAGAGAUCGACUAAGAAGAAGGUUUAGAGAGAUUUACAAGAGUACCCUACAUGAGAAUAGUACUGUAGAUGGGCAGUCGUGGGCCGAGGCAGCCGAUGAUCUGGACACCACCAAAGAGUUUGAACCGAUAGAUCUGAAGACCAAAGCAGAUGCUGAGGAGAUUGCAACUGAGCUGGAUACAUUGAUUGUAGACACGAUGGGAAAGAGGAAAGUCUACCCUCCUAGACUGACACAACAAGUGGCCAAGAAGCUUCGGUGCCUUCAUACAGCAGUUGAGCAGUUCAAGCCGGUUUUAGAAAAGGCAAUUGAAGAUCACAGCCCUAUUGUUUCCUUAGAAGAUGAGAACUCAAUUACUACAAGGGCAUCCUCUGCCAGUACACAAAUUUCUACAUUGUCAAGGCUAUUGCCUGACCUAGGAGAAAAGUCAGACCGGCUUCAGGAGGCAGUAAACAUCCACAACAGUUUAGCAUCCAACAAAACCUACCAGACUGUGACGAAUCCUCAAAAGGCAGAGUCAAAGAUGGAGACCUCGCUGGCAUUCCUCAAGGCCAAGAUCAAAGCCGACGAGACGCCCAUGGCACCCCUGCAAGAUGCAGAGAAGGUUCUGAAACGCCAACGACUGACCGCUCAAUUGAAUGAUCAUCCCAUCAAACGAUAUAAACCCAGUACAAGUAACAACGGUGAGAAAAGCUGAGAUUCUACUCACACUGUGCCAUGUAACCUUUGAAGUUAUAAUAUAUUUUGUAUGUAUGUAGGAUCUGAAACUUUGCAUGGUGGCAGUAUUGUUAGGUGAGGGUUGGCAGCUACAGUAAUGGCUAUGGCCGUUGCUAAGGGUGUUGCUAUGGCUGCCCUAUACCUCAAUGCAUGAUGACGCAGAAAUCUAUCUGUAGCCCUUGCUGUAGCCACUAACUCGGACACCCCCCUCAAUCUCACUUGAGUAGAAGACAAUCCUGAAGAUGUUCAGAGCAUACUGGAUUACAGAUCAAAGCGUUGAGUUAUCAAUCAAUGGUUCUUUUCAGAACCAACACCUUUCAAAAGAGAUUUACAAAUUAUGCUAACAUAAACCUCACCCAAUUUUACUUUUUGUAUAUGACCAACUACAACCUAUCAACCUAUAUGAUAAUAUAGCAGGCCUGAUACUUUGUUGUUGUGAGGGCAAGGCAGUUUUUUUUAUAGGGCAUCUCAAUCAGGGAACUUCAGAUUUCCACUUGAGCAUUUCAAGGGGCACCAAGGCAAUAACCAGUUGCAUAGAAGCAUUUACCUCUUUGAGGUAUCCGUUACAUACAGAUCAACAAAGUUAUUCCAUGAAUUGACAGUAAUAGUUUUACUCAACGGAGCUGUCAAUUCUCCCUGCUUCUGCAGACAAAUUCCUGGAAAUAAACCAUCCUUCAAUGUUCUGAUGAACUUACUAUUUUGCCGAAUGAAAUUCUAAAUACCUCUCUGAUUCAAUAGAUAUUAAAUUUGCAUUGGGUUAAAGAAAUAUAAGGUUCAAACUGCCUCUAGC